AUGUCGUUAACACCUACCCGCGAUUACCUCAACGCCACAUCCCUCAAGUCCGAAAUGGCGGCCUUUUCUUCGCCAGCCGCAAAUCCCGAGCUCUCUCCUAUCCCAAAAGUCGGCGACCACUUCCCGGAAUCAGAUCAGCUACCGCAGCUGCAAUCUCUCAAUAAUAGUAAUAGACCUGUUAUUAUCACCUUUCUACGACAUUGCGGGUGUCCUUUCGCAGAAAAAGCCUUCCAGUCCUUCCGUUCCCUAUCAGACGCCCACCCGGACACAACCUUCAUAGCAGUCUCCCACUCCAACCAAGAAGAUACAGAAGAAUGGGUAGUCUCAGUCGGUGGCACCGGUGACGUAGAAAUAGUCAUUGACCCGGAACGUACCUUAUACGCAAAAUGGGGACUGGGGUUUUCUUCGUAUUGGGCGAAUAUGGGUCCUAUGACUUUAUGGAAAGCCUUGAAACUGGGUAGUGAUGAGUUGAUUUAUAACCGUCCGACGAAAAGUGGGUAUCGUUGGCAGACGGCGGGGAGUUUUGCGGUUGAUGUAGAUGGGACGGUUAAGUGGGCUUAUGUUAGUGGGAAUGCGCCGGAUAUUGCGAAAUUUGAGGAUGGGUUGAAGGCUGUUGGGAAGGGGAAGAAGAGGAGGGUGAGGAAGAGUCAAGAUGCGAGGAGAAGUCAAGAAGUGAGGAAAAGUCAAGAGGUGAGGAAGAGUCAAGAAGUUAAGGAGGGCUCGGAAGUGAAGGAGAGUCAGGAAGUGAAGGAGGGACAGGAAGUGAAGGAGAAUCUGGAAGCAGCAAAGAGGCAGAGUCAGGAAGAAGUUCAUGCGUCUUCCCCUUCUAAUGCCGCCUUUACUGUUUAG